AUGUCAUUGCCCAAUGAGGUUCUUGAAAUGAUUAUAAGCCAUCUUAAUCAAAUUGACAUUUGUCUGGUCAGUCUCAUUAAUUCAAGAUUGUACACAUUGGCCAAGAAGAAAUUGUACAGUUUCAUCUACUUCACCACCGAAGAUCCCAUUCUCAUCUCAGCCAAAAUCUACACCCAAUUUUAUCUCAACUACGCCGUUAUCAACAACAAUGAUUCAUUUCUUUGGCAGUCGGGAAAUGCCAAUUCCCACCUAGUUAAAAAAAUGGUUUUCCAAACAAGCAGCAAGAUUUUCGAGACUGCUAGAACCAUAUACCCCUGGGUGAACAUAGUAGCAGAAGAUGAGCACAAGUUAUUGUCCCUGAGGCAAAAUCUUCUGUCUACACAGUCGUUGUUUAGUUCAAUACCCUGUUAUAAAAUGCUUAAAAAGCUAACAGUAAAUAUUGACACUGUCACGCAAGAAGAUAUAAUAUUCCUUGAAUCGUGCACAAGCUUAACGGAAUUGAGAAUCGUGAUUGUGAAGGAACAAAUGUUGGACCGGUUUUCGGUAACCAUGUUACCUAUUGAUCAUCUAACGUUAGAGUUUAUUGGGGAAUUACUGACAAGACUGACUCGUAAACUCAAGUAUAUGUUCAAUUUGGAAAGACUAGCUUCAUUUCAGCUACAUUUAUUUAGUGACAAGGCAUACUCUGACACCUUCGAAUACGAAUUGACAAGAAUGUUUGCAAAUUUGAGAAAUGUUCGCCAGCUAUCUUUGCUUUGUCAGAAUAUUCAUUUUAACCAAGUAUUAAAAAAUUUGAAGCCGAAUUCAAUAACCGCAUUCUAUUUGAGAGCAAUUCCAGGAAAACCUAUUAAUCGAGAUUUCUAUGUGAAACAAUUUUUGAGUGGCCAAGCCAAAUCAUUAAAGAAGGUCUUUUUGUCUGGUAAGUUUGAUGGCACCAAGAGGAAAUAUGGACUUGCCGAAUUUGACAAACUUUUCAAAAAAGACAACACCAAUGUGGCUCCAGAAUGUUUAAUUUUUCAAAUCCACAAAACUAGAACAUUGUUACAGACGUUUAAUCAGUUGGAACAGGUUUUAUAUCAGGGACAUUGUUAUUUCAUAGACCGAAUUUCAAGUGAUGAUACCUAUAUCACUCCUUGUGAUAAACUUGUUCCUAUAAGAUUAAACAAAAACCCAAUCUGAGUAUUUAAUAUGAACUUGUACGCCACCUUCUGGGUGAUUCUAAUAAAUAAUCAUGUAUUAUCAAACUAUAUAACUAAAUUCUCAUUAGCAUCAUCAUCAUAAUUAAAAUCCUCCAACGAUUCUUCAUCUCUAUAACUCGUGUUUCCCCUCCCAAUAGUUCUAUUAACGUUAUCUCUAAUGGAAGUGAAUGUGUUUCCCAACCUGCCCCAAAUCGAUGUGCUCUCCGGUGUGAUUAUCGUUCCAUUGAAGUAUGUUUCUUCUUGAUCGAUUCGAUUGUUGAUAUUGUCCACCAACACAUCAUGAAAUUGACGUCUAUUGUUUUCGUAAUUCAUAUCGGCUGCAGAAACAUCUUCAUUUCUCAAAUUGAACGGACGCAAUUGUAAUUCUCGCUUUGACAUUUCUCGGUUGACGAUCCGUUUGGCUUCGACGAUAAUCAAAUCUUGUCGUUUAGCAGGGUCACCUUCCUCAUCGUCGUCAAACAAGGUCCAGGAAUCAUACAAAUCACCAAACCCCAACUUCUUCUUAACUUUAUCAUACACUCUAAACAUAGCAAGUAUUACCGGAAUCAAAACCAAUCGAGGUGUCCAAUUGUUCAACAAGUUGAACAAUCCCGUCAAAUGAAUCGACUCCCCAAACCAUUUUUCAAAAAUUGAUUCCCUUGAAAUAAACAAUGUAAUGAAAUUGUAACUCAAGGGAAUAGUCAAUCUUGCGAUAUACAUAGUAUACCAACAUCCACUAACGGGGUCAGAUUCAUGGGCUACCAAGUGGUACAUAUUAAAAAUCUUCAAGUGAGUUAAUGAAUUCAAGGCACAGAAUAGCAUGUACGAAAACACCAAUGAUGAUAUCACAAACUGGAAGAGGGGAGCGCCGUUUAUCCCGGAUGAAUAUACCAAAUGAUUAAGUAAUGAUAAUUUUGUGGAAUGAAAGAAUUCAGAUUGUAAUAAUAUGAAUGAUGAAAUAGACAAAAACACUGAAGUUAAUCUGUUGACAGUAGGAAGGUAGUAGUACCAAUAGAUAAAGUUCACCUUUGGCGAAAACAAUACUUUAUGGUUAUCAAUCCUAAAUGAUAAUUCUCGAGAUCCUACGGAGUUUAAUGUAUCCUCCAAUCUGAUAAUCCUUCUAAACAAAUUGUUAAAUUCCGCCUGGUAUCCUACUAAUCUAUGCAAAUUCAGAUUGAAGUUCGAAUUCAACUUGGUCAUAAAUGAAUCAUUUAGUUCGCUUCUGGAAAUAUUGAUAUUUUCAUGGAUAAACUGUCUCUCGACAUUCUCUUUAAUAUCACCAGGGAUUGAAUUAUACAACUUCAAUAUCCAGUCGCGGUACUUAAAAUCCUCCAUUGAGUCACUGGUGAAGUUCCGGGUGAGUGACACCACAAUAAGAACUUGCUCUCUAAAUGAAAUCUUGACAUCUUCCAAUUCAUCCACCAAUUUAGGCAAUUUCAAAUACUGAAAGUUUAAAUCUUUUCCGAUAUUCCCCAGAAUCCAUUUGUUUCGAGGUAUGGUGAUCAAUCCAUGGGCCAUUAACCAAAGUGCCAAAAUCAAGGAGUAGACAUGUGACAAUGCAAUAAUCAUCAUUUUCAAAUGGCUGGGUGAAAGCCCCACUUCAACCAUGAGGUACACCACUCCAAGCAAAGACACACCCAACAUCACGGCCUGGAACUUCAAAUUGGCCUUGAUAGAAUCUCUCAACCUGUCCCACGUCUUGUUAUGUCCGGAUCGGUAAAACUCUAAUAACAUGGGCAAGACCAACCAGGUCAACGCAAACGUCGUCCAAUAGUUGACUUUCCAGAUUAUGAGGAUAACUGAAUCUGGCAAUUUAAACCAUAUGAGUUCCAGAGUGCUAUUAUGACUUAUAUAAUCCAAUGGAAGCAAGAAUAUGAUUGACAUGGGGAUAAACACUGCUAGUGUAAUGGGUAUGGUAAGAUAAAGUGGGUAUUUAAAUAGAUUGAUGUGAUACUGAAUUCCCAAGAGGGAUAGUACUAGUAUAAGAGAAUAACAUAUCACCGCUGAGAUCCACAUAGUUCCUAUGUUAAAUGUACCGAUGUUG